UCAUCAUAAUGCUGACCAGCUUAACACGAUAAGACAAUAAAAUAAAACACGGAUCUACAGCGAAAUUUUCGUGAAGAAUGGUAGCGACCAAAGAAGAUCCUGGUAAAGAUUGGCCCCAAAUCUUGGCCAUUAUAGUGGCAUGCAUACCAGGGGUGACCAGUGCCUUACUAUUCACUUGGCCCUCACCAUUCCUACUGAUAUUAAAAAACGACCAAGAGACUUAUGGCAGUAUAACUGAGGAGGAGGCCAACCUCUUGCCAAUUUUUAUGUCAAUUGGUAUGUUGGUGACGUCACUGUUCUUCUUUAAAAUCCACGAUUUUAUUGGUCGCAAGUACACGUUGAUCCUACUAAGCGUUCCUCACUCACUGUUCUGGUUGAUCACCAUUUUCGCCAGCGAUAUUUACAGUUUGUAUGUUGGCAGGUUUAUUUGCGGUAUUGCCGAUGCUGUGAUGUAUGCGGCGUUGCCGAUUUAUAUGGGCGAGGUGGCAACGCCGCGGAUUAGGGGCACGUGGGGUAACGGGCAGUCGUUCUCUUUUAAUGCUGGUUUUUUUAUUAUUAAUGUGUUGGGCUACUACUUGAACAUCCAACAAACCGCCUACGUGUGUCUCACUCUACCAUUAAUCGGCGCCAUCUUGUUCAUGCUGAUGCCCGAAUCCCCUUACCACCACCUGGUCAAGCACCAAGACGAAAAAGCCCGGAAAUCCCUGCAGUGGCUCCUACGUAAAAAAAACAUCGAACCGGACUUUCAACAGUUAAAAGCGGACGUGAAAAGACAAACGUCAGAAACCGGAACCUGGACCGAUUUAUUCAAGAUCCCCAGUAACCGUAGAGCCUUAAUCGCUUGCCUAUUCAUCCGGUUAGGUCAGCAAUGUUCCGGCAUCGGCGUAUUCGAGAACUACAUCCAGUACAUCUUCGAAAAAGCCCAAGUCCGGUCCAUAUCACCGGAAAUCUCCGCUAUAGUCUUCUCUGGAACGCUCUGGAUAGUCAUGACCAUGUUCAGCAUCAUAAUGGACAAACUGGGCAGACGUAAGUCCUACACCCUCUCAUCACUCGGAUGCGCUAUUUGCUUGUGCGCGGAAAGUUUAUAUUUCUAUUUUGACGAUAAUGACAUUCUGGAUUUAUCCGGGUUCCAGUGGUUCCCUCUGGCUACUUUUGUGGCUUACGUGGUGACUUAUAGUGCCGGUUUGGGACCACUGCCAAGUUUGAUGUGUGGCGAACUGUUUUCGGCUAGUAUUAAAGGGAAAGCGUUGGCUAUAUGCUCGAUGGCCACCGGGUUUUACGUUACGUUAUUCUCGUUCGCGUUCCGUUAUUUGUUGACUCACGUCGGGUUGUAUGCCCCGUUUGCCGUUUACGCCGCGAUGACUUUUCUCGGGUUCGUCGCGUCCUUUUUUAUCGUUCCUGAGACGAAAGGGAAGACUUUGGAGGAGAUCCAGCAGGAGUUAAAAGGGAACAAAAGAAGGGAUUUUUGAUUUUUUUAAGAUUUGAUUUAGUACAAAUUUAUUAGGGAAUAAAAGGUUUUAUAUGAAAGUAUAUAAA